AGGCCUGCCUGAGCGCUCGCGCGCUCGGCUCCCAGGCUCGGGGACUCCAGGGCGUCGCCGGCCGGGUCGGGCCGGGAGGAGCCGGGCGCUGAGGCCCAGCCUCCAAUCUCGGUCUGUCCGGUGGGAACCAGCUCAAGGUUUCAGCCGGCACCUGAUACCGGCGGCGAGUCGCGCCGCAAACUCCAAAGAAGUCUUCGUGUUGAUGUGUUCAAGUGACUCGAGAUCACAGUAGUUUCAGGACACAUUUUUUGAAUCUCAAGACCCCGUCAAAAUUCUGCCGAGGCGUCUUUCUCCUCCUUCCCAGACAGAAGUAGGGUGCGGGGACCGAAGGCCGAGCUGCGCUGGCCCUGGAGUGUGCAUUGCUUGGGAGGGAACGGGUAGACCACUCCUGAAAGGAAAUUCUCUUUCCACCCCAGAGCUUCAGGGUUAGGAUUCCUCCGGCUCGUUUCGGGAGUUAUUCCCGUCACCAAAGUUAUUAGCACUAGAGAGGAGUCGGACAGGAGACUCCUCCCCCCAAAGGCAGGUAGACACUCUCAGGGCUAACACCAGGGCUUUCUCCUUGCCAUAAUUAAUAGUCAAGGCCAACCCUUUGGCACGUUCCUUCCUCCCUCCCUCGCGGGUGGCAGCGUUGUUUGAUUCCCUGAGGCCAGAAACUUUCACUCGAGUUCGCCGGAGGGAGGCCCGCGUUGGCUGUUUUCUUCGCUGCCCACGUAUCUCCUUUUUCUUUCUCCUCUUCCACUUCGUUGUCUUCCAAGCCGCAGGCCGGUCGCCAGUCCGCGUAGUUUUGUUUCCUUUCCAUCAUGCAGAAAAUUAAUCAGCCCGGACGAGAAGCAGAGCUGAGCACGGCGGCCAGUAAUUAAGGGACGUGUGCCCUUCGGAUUAUCUCGUUAGUUUAUCAAGAAAACAUUUAUUAUAAUUAAUUCUCGGACGAGGUAAUUAUUAUUGAGCGAGAGCACAGCAACUGGUAGAUGGGCUCCUUGGAAGAUGUGGGGAAAAAAAAAAACAAGGGGGAGGGGGAGGGGAGCGACAGAUUGCACGAAUUGACCGUUAGAUAUAAGGCGGCACGGCCCGAGGCAGGCAGUCGAGCGGGACCUCGGACGCCGGGGCUGCGAGGCUACGGGGCCGCCGGGCAGGGACGCCGGACCGAGUCACUUACGCCCGGAGGUGCGGGCGCCGAGCGGCUGUGGGGACUCGCCGCGCGACCGCCGCCCGCUCCUUCUAGUUCCACCACUCCACCCACCAAGGACCCUAAAUCUGUCCACCCCAAGUGAAGCGAGACCUUCUGGCUGGGUCCCCCGGAUUUGGGCCGACUUUGCGCCUCCAAACAACCUUAGCAUGAUGUCUUAUCUUAAGCAACCGCCUUACGCAGUCAAUGGGCUGAGUCUGACCACCUCGGGCAUGGACUUGCUGCACCCCUCGGUGGGCUACCCGGCCACCCCUCGGAAACAGCGGCGGGAGAGGACGACGUUCACCCGAGCGCAGCUAGACGUGCUGGAAGCACUGUUUGCUAAGACCCGAUACCCAGAUAUCUUCAUGCGGGAAGAGGUGGCACUGAAAAUCAACUUGCCGGAGUCCAGGGUUCAGGUAUGGUUUAAGAAUCGAAGAGCUAAGUGCCGCCAACAGCAGCAACAACAGCAGAAUGGAGGUCAAAACAAAGUGAGACCUGCCAAAAAGAAGACAUCUCCUGCUCGGGAAGUGAGUUCAGAGAGUGGAACAAGUGGCCAGUUCACUCCCCCCUCUAGCACCUCAGUCCCGGCCAUUUCCAGCAGCAGUGCUCCUGUGUCUAUCUGGAGCCCAGCUUCCAUCUCCCCACUGUCAGAUCCCUUGUCCACCUCCUCUUCCUGCAUGCAGAGGUCCUACCCCAUGACCUAUACUCAGGCUUCAGGUUAUAGUCAAGGAUAUGCUGGCUCAACUUCCUACUUUGGGGGCAUGGACUGUGGAUCUUAUUUGACCCCUAUGCAUCACCAGCUUCCUGGACCAGGGACCACACUCAGUCCCAUGGGUACCAAUGCAGUCACCAGCCAUCUCAAUCAGUCCCCAGCUUCUCUGUCCACCCAGGGAUAUGGAGCUUCAAGCUUGGGUUUUAACUCGACUACUGAUUGCUUGGAUUAUAAGGACCAAACUGCCUCCUGGAAGCUUAACUUCAAUGCUGACUGCUUGGAUUAUAAAGAUCAGACAUCCUCGUGGAAAUUCCAGGUUUUGUGAAGAUCUGUAGAACCUCUUUUUGUGGGUGAUUUUUAAAUAUACUGGGCUGGACAUUCCAGUUUUAGCCAGGCAUUGGUUAAAAGAGUUAGAUGGUAUGAUGCUCAGACUCAUCUUCUGAUCAAUGUCCCAGGAGGCAUAGAAGGAAAAAGGAAAGGCCUUAGAUGGGCCUACCAACCAGCAACCUGAAAUGGACAAACCAGUCUGUCAUAGUUUUAGAUCAUUGGUUUUCCUGAUUUGCAAAGUGAUCGAAAGAAUUCUAGCCAUGUGCAACCAAAUACCAUCAAAAAUAAACAAAACUAAAUUGUGAGGGACAGGAGGGAAGGACAUAGCCUUCUUAAGCAGAGGUGUUCCAAUGUUUUAGCCAAUCCUUGGUUGAAUCUUAGGAAUGGACAGUGUCUCAAGCUCACUCACGUUUCAUGACCAACUGGUAGUUGGCACUGAAAAACUUUUCAGGGCUGUGUGAAUUGUGCGACUGAUUGUCCUAGAUGCACUACUUUAUUUAAAAAAUAAUGUUCAUAAGGAGUCAAUAUGUAGUUUAAGAGACAAUCAGUGUGUGUCUUAUAUAAAUGGUACAUCUGUGGUUUUUAAUCUGUGCUAGACUUCAAAACUGUGAUCUCCUGUUAUUGUAUGCAACCUUGAACUCCACCUCUGCAGGGGUUCUUCUGUGAUUAAAUAGGUUAUAAUUAUAAGUAAAUUCAGAGCAACUGAGUACUUAUCUAAAAAGAUUACCUUUGGCUGGAGGUGAGCUGCACUGAAACUUUACAACAAAAUGUCUCUGGACAAGGAGAGUGAGAGAAGAGAAACAAAAGGACACUAAUUCAUCUGUUAUUUUACUGUUGGUAAGCCUAGCAGUAAAAGAGACAUUGGUCAAUUGCUCUGACCCUGGUGAAUUUAUAAACUGAGAUCAUCGUUGUUUAUGCUUGCAGAUGUUAACUGGAAAAGUUAUAUAUGCAUAAACCUUUUCUUCCUGGAUUUGGCAGAUAUGUAUAAUUAUAUUAAAAUGGUUCUAGCACAA